UUCAGAUCUUUAUAGAUCCAUUGUUUCGGAGAUCUCUAUGACCUUCGAGGGUGAGUUUGUGCCUGAUUUAGAUGAUAUAGGUUUUGAUCUUUACAAAUCCAUGGUUCCGAAGACUUUCGAGACCUUCAACGCUUCGUAUUUACUAUUGUCUGAGGUGCCGGAAUCUCCUAAUAUUUUUUACGGGAUGGUUGUGCCGGAUUCAGAUGAUGAGUAUAUCUCUGUUGCUCCGGUGGGCAUAAGCCCUAAAAGGGAUGGUGGAGACUCUCUUUCCGGAGGUAACUCUGUUGUUGUCCGUGAAGUGGUCCUUGAGUUCUUGAGGAUUUAUUGUCCUAUUGCCAUGCCAUUGCCUGAGUUUUCUAAAAUUUCUCCUUCUCACUGCAAACUGUUUUUGGUGGUUGAUUUCGGGUGA